AUGGUUCCCAAAAGCUACUUGAAGCAGAGAAGCUUUGACAGAUUGAGCAAGCUUGAUAUCCAUGGUUUUAUUGGGUUGAUUGAGCUUGAAGGCAGUAUAUUUAUUGGUACUAUCACUGGUAAGUCGAAGGUCGCUAGUCCAAUUCCUGGAGAGACCGUGAAUAAAAUAUACGGUGUCGAUUUCUUCUGUUUGGACAAUGGUCGGUGGGAUUUUGUUGAUUUGGACUCUAAUGGGUUUCCAAUAAUUCCCGAGGACGAAUUCGUUAGUUCGUCGUCAAUUCAACAACAACAACAGCAGCAACACCCUUGUCACGAUAUCAAGAAAUUAUUGUCUAAUGGGUCAUUUUACUACAGUUCAGACUUUGAUCUGACCUCUCUACUGCAAUCCAGAGGUCUCAGCGAGCAUUCCUUGUCAUUCGAUAAUUACCAGGAAGAAUACAUGUGGAACUCUUUCUUAAUGCAAGAAAUCAUUACUUUCAGAAAUCACUUGGAUGACAAGGCGAAGCAGAUCAUGGAUGAUGAAGGGUUCUUGACUACUGUGAUUAGAGGUUUCGCGGAAACUUUCCCCUCUUAUAUCGGCAGAAUGCCUGUCAAUUUAACGAUGAUUUCCAAACAAUCUUGGAAAAGAGCGGGAACAAGAUAUAAUGUCAGAGGUAUUGAUGAUGAAGCUAAUGUCGCAAACUUUUGUGAAACGGAAUUCGUCAUGUAUUCGGAGGAGUAUUGUUUUGCUGUGACGGAGAUUAGAGGGAGUGUGCCUAUAUUUUGGGAACAAGAUACGGCUCUUCUAAACCCUAAAGUCACUAUUACAAGAUCUGUAGAAGCAACACAGGCUACGUUUGAUGAACACUUCCAAAAACUAAUUCAAAAAUACGGACCAGUUCACGUUGUUAACCUACUUUCUACGAAAUCAUCAGAAAUUGAGCUAACGAAAAGGUACAGAGAACAUUUCCAACGCUCGAAGAGACUUAAACUCAACUCUGAUGUAUUUUUGACAGAAUUUGACUUCCAUAAAGAAACGAAGGAAGAAGGGUUUGCCGCCGCCUCCAAGAUCAUGCCCCUUAUAGAGCGUUCCAUUCUCGAAAAUGGUUAUUUCUCCUAUGAUGUGAAAGAGAAAAAACAACUCUCUGAACAGAACGGGGUGUUUAGAACAAAUUGUUUGGAUUGUUUAGAUAGGACAAACUUGAUCCAACAGUUUAUUUCCAGAUACACUUUCAUCCUGUUCUUGGAAGACUUCAAUUUAAUAAAACCUAAAUUGCCAAUGAUAGAAGAAUAUGACUGGUAUCAAAAACAUAACAACAUAUGGGCCGACCACGGUGAUGCUGUUUCGCAAAUUUACACAGGUACGAAUGCAUUAAAGUCCUCUUUCUCACGUAAAGGUAAGAUGUCCUUUGCAGGUGCACUUUCUGAUGCUACCAAGUCAGUCAGCAGAAUGUACAUCAACAAUUUCAUGGAUAAAAACAAGCAAAUGAAUAUCGACGCUUUACUUGGUCGUCUACCUCAUCAGCAUGCUGUGGAGUUGUAUGAUCCAAUCAACGAUUACGUCAAUGAGUCCCUGAGGAAGCAAGAAGCAAGCUUUACGACCUCAAGCAGUAUCAAAAUUCUAUGUGGAACCUUCAAUGUGAACGGGCUAACCAAAACUGCGGAUUUAUCUGCAUGGUUAUAUCCAAUCGGGGAACGUUACCUUCCUGAUAUUGUUGUUCUUGGGUUACAAGAAGUCAUUGAAUUGAAUGCUUCCUCUAUUUUGAAUGUGGACACCACCAAAUCCAAAUUCUGGAAGGACUUAGUCAGUGACUGUCUAAACAAACACGAAAAGUACAUUAUGUUGAGAGCAGAACAAAUGUCAUCUUUGGUAAUCCUUUUCUUCGUUAAAGCUGAUAAAGUCGGAAACGUGAAACGUGUUGAAGGUUCUUCGAAGAAAACUGGUUUAGGAGGUAUGACUGGUAAUAAAGGUGCCGUUGCCAUUAGAUUUGAAUACGGCAGCACUUCGUUUUGUUUCGUGAAUGCCCAUUUAUCUGCUGGUGUAAAUAACAUUGAAGAACGUAAAGGUGAUUAUGAAAGUAUCACCAAGGGCAUAAGUUUCAGCAGAUCAAAGAAGAUAGAACAUCAUCACUCCAUCUUCUGGUUAGGUGACUUGAAUUAUAGAAUAGAAUUACCUAACGAAAAAGUGAGAAGUCUCUUAGCUACUCCAGGAGAUGAAAACCUCGAAAAGCUAUUGUCCAGAGACCAGUUAACUGCAGAAAUGGCAAAUGAAUCUGUUUUCAAAGGAUUCAUGGAACCUUCUAUACAGUUCAGACCAACCUAUAAAUAUGACCAUGGCACCGACAGAUAUGACACAUCGGAAAAGGCCAGAAUUCCAUCUUGGACGGACAGAAUCUUAUACAAAGGUGAUAACCUUGUCCCAAUGGCAUACAGUGAUGCAGCACUUAACCUAAGCGAUCACAAACCAGUGUAUGCAGCCUACAAAGCUAAGGUGAAGUUCAUAGACGAGGAGGCAAAGUUACAGAUGACCAAGAAGCUCUACAUGGAAUACAAACAAUCACACCCACAGGACUCUGGAUCAAUCAACAGCGCAUUGCUUGACAUUGAACUCGACAAUGCUAAGGACAAACCUAAACCAGUAAUCUCCAAAGAUAUGAAUCUUCUUGAUCUAGAUCUCCAAUUCGGAUCAACAGGAACAAACCAUAGUCGUGCGCCCGUCGAUAGACCAAUGUCGCCUUCAUCCAUCUCAUCAUCCUCUCUGAGUAGCCUGUCGUUGAAUAGUCCACCAGUCGGCCCAACUUCAAGAAGGACGGAAACCACCAAACCUCUGUCACCAGCUCCAAGAGUCCAAUCUGAACCUAUAAGAAGGGUACCGCCUCCUCUACCACCUAAGAAGACUGCAACCACCGUGCCUACUGCUCUACCAACAGCAGCAGCAGCAGCAGCAGCCGCACCAUCCACAGCCGAAACGGUGUCGCGUACAAGCACCCCAUCUCAAGGAUCAGAAAGAAAGACAACUUUGGCACCACCUCCACCACCUUCAAGAAAACCACAUCCUCCACCAGGUUUCUCCGAUGUGGUACUAACUCCAAAGGGUUCCAGCCGUGAAGCAACCACAUCGCCUGUUCAUGCAAUCAACAGCGGCAAUAGCCUCAACAGUAGGAACGGUUCCAUCAAUAACAAUAUCCAUGGAGCAGCAGCACACGGCCCAGCAGCCCACGGCCAUGCCAGAAGCGAUAGCAAUAGCAGCAACCAUAAAAAAGAGAAACCCGCUGUGCCUUCUAAGAAGCCCGAACUCGCAAUGUCUCUGGACUCUUGGAAACCUCUGCAACCAAAAUAA